CCAUUAUGAUUCAUGUUUAUUUUCUCACGUGUGCCGACAAAGAUAAUCUAGGCUAACAAUGAAAUGCAUUGUUAUUUACAUAGAAGAAUUUAUUAAAGAUAAUUUGUUGUGUCCAGUUGUGGUACUAAAGAAUAUCUCCAUCGCAGAGGCUUGUAAUUCUAGUAGUGUAUUUUUAAUUUCUAACAUGAAUGAACUUUGAAAGGUGAGAAGGAAUAUCACAUGAGGCUACGAAUAAAAAUAUGUUCGUGUUAUUUUUUAAAUUUUGUCUGUCUCUAUGGUUGCGUGUGAAGACGUAAAAACCUUCGAAUUUAUAUAACAAUAUAACACUUUUAAGUAAAAAAAUCAUGAUGUAUAUACACUGUUAACAGAUGCAACAACAUAAAAUAUAACAAGUUUAUACAAAGCUUUGUAUAUCGUCCGCGUGUUUUAUGCCGACACAUGAUAAAUUUUUAAUAUUAUACUUUGUGACCUCACUCAACCAACUUUUCUAUCUUUCUCCUGUUUUUUUCUUUGUUUCCUUCUUUCGAAAACAUAUAUCGCUAAUCGGGACCAUCAAAGCGCAUGACACAAUCAUUGUAUAAAGAUUAAAAAGCUCACUGGAUUUAUAUUGUUCUUAUUAUGUUGUGGUUUUGUUAACAGCCAAUCAGAGCGUUUGUUGUUAUUCCAAUAAAACUACGUACAUUAUUUGAUACUAAAAACUGUCAUUCAAAAGAGAAAAGAAAGUGUUUGAAAGAUGUUUGUUAGUAGUAAAGUUUUGUAAAAUGAUGGUGAUAAUAUGCGUGAGGAAUUUGUUUAAUUAAAAAUGGCAGUAACGGGGCACGAAUCAACGGACGAUUUAAAAAUACAAUUCGCUAGAAAACUUUACACAGCCGUGGUAUUAAACGCUUCCGUUUUAAAGGUAAAAGAUGUUUUAAAAAUACCGUACGUUGAAAAAAUAGUCAAUUUAUUAAAAAAACGUUCCCACUGGAAUGGUGUGCGAGCGUUUCUUCAGCAGUAUCCAUGUUUUUUUUUGGUUACGGAGGAGAAUGGAACUACGCUUUUAAAGCCCAUCGUCACAAUCGAAUUUUGUCGUUAUUUUGACGGGAAGAAAGGUUGUUCAAGCACGUAUUGUUCGAAAUUACACGUAUGUCGACAUUUUGUCAAAGGAAAGUGCACUUUUGGUCCUCGUUGUAAGAAACCUCAUCAUUUUCAAAAUAAAGAAACGCGGGAAGUUUUAAAGAAACAUUUCCUAGACGAACUUUCAGACGAACAAGCUCGUGAAUUUUUGUGUCGUAACGUACAACAUUUGUUAGAUCCAGAAUCAGCUAAUGCCGAAUUACCGAAGAGUUUAGAAAUCUGUAAGUACUACAACGUGGCUACUGGCUGCACAAGAGAAUUUUGUCCUUUCAUCCAUGUUUGUCGUUUUUACGCUGAGGAAGGCAACUGUAAAUUUGGAACACAAUGCAUACGUAAGCAUGACAUCAACAAUGUUCACUCCAGAAUUUUGUUACACCGUUACCACAUGGACCAUUUAAAUGACCAACAAGUGUUAGCAUACCUAAAAAUCAAAGGUGAAAACAGAGAUCAGCAGCAACAACAGCAACAAGGAAGUAACAAAGUUGAUAAAAAUUCUUCUCAAGUAAGUCCCCCCACUCUUCUUCAUUCGUUCUCGUUACCGAAUGCGUUAUUAGGUAAUAUACAUGCUUUGGUGAAUGAUGGCAUAUCAAGGAAGUUGUCACAGCCUACUCCUCCUAUGAUGCGCCUACCUUUAAUGGAUGACGGGUUACACACAAGAAAAUUGUCUUUACCCACUCCUCCUACUCCGCGAGCAAGUAUAUAUCGACCACCUGUCACGCAUAAAGAAGGCACGUUAACGUCGCGUGUCAACAGUCCAUCGCCAAACGAUAUUAAAGUUUCCUCUCAAAACGCUGACUCACACCAGUUGCACAGCACGCGUCACGUGAAUAAUUUCCAAUCAUACAGUGUAAACAAAGAAGAUCGAUUUUUGACACGAAGUAAUGUUUUGAAGCCAAUACCAUCCAUGGACACCCUGAAGCAUAACUUUCACUCUGAAAAUAGUUUAUCAAAUGGCAACAGCCGCCAUAUUGAAAAGGUUGUUUCACAAUCUCUUAACGAGUCAAGCAUGCAUUUCAUGGGAAAUGAUUUGCAUAAUAAAUUAAAUUUAAACGAUCGGUCAUUAAAUUGCUUUCAAAACUCGUUUAACCACGAAGGAUUAGGCCUACAUAACUUAUCACCUCCACAAACAACACAAAACACGCAACUUACGGACAAUGAAUUUUUCUCAAAUAUUUUGUCCUCAAGAAGUAAAAGUUACGAAAACUUUCAAUCACACAGUGUUGAUAGAAACAACAUUAGAAAUAGAAUGUCUAAAUCGUAUCAACCAUCUUAUUUACCUUACUCGAACUCACUACAAUCUCAGAGUAACUCUUUUUUUACAAAUCGUGUUCCCUUUUUAAGGACGUCGUCAAACGACAUCAUUUCUCCGACAGAUUCGACAUCGAGCGUCAAUAACAGCAACGGUGGGUAUUCCCACGCUCUUGAAGGGAAUGAAUGGACGGAAACUGAUAAAGUUAUUACAAGAUCAUAUCCCUCAAAAGAUGACGGCGAGUUUGACUUGACGUAUUAUCGCACUCGUUCUUUACCUAAUUUUUCAAAACAAGAAAACGACGACGACGUUAACAUAGACGUUAAAAUAACACGACAAUCGGUUUGCACGUGUCAGAAAAAUCGUGUUUGUGUUUACUUUUUAUCCGACACGUGUCGAUACCCAACAUGCAAAAAAAAUCACACUGGAGAAACGUUUCAGUGGCAAAUCUCUUCAACGCCAGCAAACAAAUCUUAUAACGGCUUUAAAAAUGAAAAUUUUGAUAACAAAAUAACAAAACAACGCUGGAUAAAUGUAGAAAAAAACGAAAACUUAAAAUUAGAAGCUUUUUAUUGCUCGCCAGACAUCGAUGAUCAAGAAAUCGAGUUUUAUGGUGAAAGUAUGAUUAUUAAUUUCAACGAAAUGAUUGGUACGGCUAGAUCAGACAUGAAUUCAGCAAAUCAGAUGAUGUCUUCAAGGUCAUGUGAUUUAUCGGCGUGGCUACUGCAAGCAAACGAUGAUGUUCCCAGCCGUCGAAAUUCUCAAGACGUCACUGUUUAUAAAAUACGUCGUUUAUCUACCGAGUCGUCGGUGACGGAAAAUAUUGAUGUUACGUUCGCAACGCAAUGGCUAUGGUUUUGGCAAGAUAGUUUCGGUAUAUGGAGAAGUUUUCCUACCAAUAAAGCUGAUAUUAUCGAGGCAAAUAGCGCAUGUUGUACAGACGAUUUGGAACAGCAGUUCCUGCAAGGUUAUGAACAAUUUAUAUUUGAAGAGCCCAAUGUUUUAGUGGAUUUCAAAAACAUGAUUCAAAUAAAUUGUCAGUCAAGAAAACAGAAGAAAAUUAGACGGCGACCGAGAUUCAUAACGAAAGAACAAAGAGAAAAAGUCGCGAUUGUUAACGAAAGCAUGCUUCAAUUUUCUGAUGUCAGGCGACCAUGGUAUUGGAAUCAAGAAUACACCUCCAACACUUACGAACUAGUUGAAGUGGAGCUAAAUUCAGACACAUUUUCCACUGUCCGAAAUCAUUUCAUGCGAUCAAUGGCAGAUAAGGAUUACGAAAUAUUAAAUAUAAAGUCUGUACAGAAUCUUAGUUUGUGGUCAAAGUUUAUAAGCCUGCGAACAAAUUUCACAACAUCUGAAAUCAAGCACACUGAAAAAUUUGUAUUUAAAGCAGUCGCUAAAGAAGAAUUAUCAGGCGUGUGUCAACAGGGAUUCCAAAUAUGUACAUGCAAGAGCAUUGGUCACACUCCAACAGAAAAUUUGUUCGCAACUGAAGCUGUACAAGCCUUACGUAAACCGACCGAGGUGAACGGUAUCGCUAAAACAGUAAAUUACGUCUUCUGUGUACGCAUAAUCUUACCAGACAGCGACAUACCGGCGUCGGAACCUGUACAGAAUGGCUUCACAACCCCUGACUCACUUGUUUCUUGUCGUCAUAGUUACCAGGUGUACCCUGAAUUUUUAAUUAUUUUUAAUCUCUAAUUAUUGUACAUAGUCUUCGUCUUAGGUCUUAUUACUUUUAAGAAUUUAAUUUUCCGGUCCUGUUUUUAGACGGUUAGCACUUAGGUAAAAAAGUAUUAAUUUUUAGAAAACACAAACAAAAGAAUAUUGUAUUAUAUUUUUAAGGAAAUCGUCGCAUGAACGUAACCAGACAAAACAGCGGUUUUAUGUGCGAAAAAAAAAACUAAAUUUAAUUGCAUAUGAUGUGAAAAAUCCAUCUAUUUAUACACAGAAAUAACCUUUUGUUUAUUCCAAAUGUGGACAAAUUUUUGGUUGUAUUUUGUAGGUAAACAUAGAAAAGUAGGUUUUAACUUAAAUAGAUGUAUACUUGUAUGUUUUAGUAUUAAGAGGUCAAAUUGACAAUGUGCAAGCAAUCAAACGUCUGCACGAAAAAUGGCGUGCCGUGUUUAAUACGCCAUAAAAUGCUAAAAAUGAAAUCUCAUAAGAUGAGUAAUUCAUCUAUUUUCGCGUGGAUGUUUUUUUUUGCUUCAUAGGCAGAAUGCAUAUGAGUUCCUUCGACCUUUUUUUUCUUUUUUGUGGAUUUUUAAAUUCCGAGUUUUUAUUGCUAAUUUUACCCUAUUACGUUAUCAAACUUGUUUGCUAUGGACGCAACCACUUUUCGAGCAAUUUGCAAAGAUGGCAAUAUUAAACAAGCGCCAGGUUUACAACGGCGCAUAUAUAUUUCUGCUGAGUGAUGCUUACAUCAGCAUUCAGUGAAUUAUAUUUAUAUAUUAUCCCUUAACGUUAGUAAAAAAAAAUUAUAAAUAAAAUUUUUGAAGAACGGAGAAAAGCGAAAAUUACUAAUUUUAAAUUUUAAAAUUUUACAGUAUUUGUAACGCAGAUAUUAUUAGAACUUUGGACGUGUUUUUAUUUAAUUAUUCGUGUCUUGUUGUGCCGCCCUAUUAUGCCCCUUUUCUAUAUUUUUUCGCACAGGUUUUAUGCCUUCUUUUAAAAAAAAAACCAAACUUGCUAAGUUCAUGCUAAAUGUUAUACUUUGAAUCCCCAGACGAAUAUGUUGACAUGUAUUUUAUUGUUAGUGUUAAUUUUUGUACAGUAUAUUUUUUAAGAUUUUUUUCUGGCUUUAACCAAAAGAUUUGCCAUACCACAAAAAGCAAAAGUUUCCAGUGACACCUUAGUUCCUUUUAUAUCUUAUUUCUGUCUUCACACCCAAAUGUCGUAGCCCCUUUCGUGUUGUCCGUUAUUUUAUUUUUGAUAACACACAUAAAACGAAAACCGUUUAAUAUUAUUAUUGUAUAUAGAUUUUGGCAAAGAAGAUGGAAGUCAGUUCAAAAGAACA